GAUAAAAAUUCUCAAAAACAUACAAAUGUCUAAGUGACACAAAAAAUAAAAUUAAAUAAGCUAAAGCAAUAAAAUUUCAGUGAAUAUAUUACAUUUACAUAAUCAUGGCACUACAGCGAGCGCGCCACACUGAUGCUUUACAGCGUAUUAUGAUUUCUUUCAAGCAUUUCGAAAAGAAACUUGAUAAAUUACAAGAUGACGUAAACGACCACGGCAAAACUUUAGGUGACCUCAAGACUAUGGUGAGCAAACUUUCACAAAAUACAGUAAUCGGUCCUGAAAGCAAGCUCGACGAUUGGAGGGUACCUUUCAAGACGUCUGCAUCAGUACAGUACGAAGAAACAAAAAGAGAUUCAUGCUCUGUUCCCAAGAGAAAGAAAAACAUACAGCCAUUGCCAAUUAAAUCAAAAGCUAAGAGCUUACAAAAUCAGAACAUUAUAGAAGCAGCGUUUCCAAUUUCCGUUCCUCCAAAAAUAAUUAGAAAACGUUCGCCUCGGACUCGUAAAGUCGAAACCCCUCGCAAAACUCCCACACUACGAUCCCACAAAGGCUUAGAAAAUAAACACAGUAAGCUAAAAGAGCAGAUAGUGGAAUGAAGAAGAAUGAUAGAAGAAGAAGAAUGAAAAUGGAAUGAAAUGAAUUGCUAUUUAAAUCAAAUAAUGUUGAUUAUUCGUAUUUUUCUUAUAACGAGGAGGUGUAUUAUUGAAACAGAUUAAAAUUCAUGGCAGUUACAUAACACGAAA